GGGAGCCCGCAGGGGUUGGCCCGUAGCUCCCCGGGACCCCCGCGGCUCCGCGAGUGGGAGGGUCCCCCGGGGCCCUUGUGAGGCAGCUCUGGCCGGGCCUGUUCUGCGCACUGGCCGCGCCGGAGCCGGUGUUCGUAGCUGUAUGACCUUGGCUUUCAAGAUCCUCUUCCCACCAACCCUCCGCGCUCUCAGGCGGAAAGAACUGUGCCUCUUCCGAGAGCAGCAUCACUGGCCUGACAGAAGACAGUUUGGCCAUUGGUCAGAAACAGAUCUGCUUCAUGGGCACUGCCUCCUCCAGAGAAGAAAGCCUGCUCUGUCUUUCCAGGAAGGCCAUCUAAGACCACGUGCCACCUGCCUUGUUUUCCUGCCAGGGGUGCAUGUGGGACUCUGCAGCGGCCCCUGUGAGAUGGCCGAGCAACGGUUCUGUGUGGACUAUGCCAAGCGUGGCACAGCCGGCUGCAAAAAGUGCAAGGAGAAAAUUGUGAAGGGUGUAUGCCGGAUCGGCAAAGUGGUGCCCAAUCCCUUCUCAGAGUCCGGGGGUGAUAUGAAAGAGUGGUAUCACAUUAAAUGCAUGUUUGAGAAACUGGAGCGGGCCCGGGCCACCACAAAAAAAAUUGAGGACCUCACAGAGCUGGAAGGCUGGGAAGAGCUGGAAGACAACGAGAAGGAACAGAUAAGCCAGCACAUUGCAGAUCUGUCUUCUAAGGCCACAGGCACGCCAAAGAAGAAAGCCGUUGUCCAGGCUAAGCUGACAGCCACUGGCCAGGUGACCUCUCCAGUGAAAGGUGUCUCUCUCGUCACCAAUAGCAAUCCCCGGAAAUUUUCUGGUUUUUCAGCCAAGCCCAACAACUCUGGGGCAGCCCGCUCAAGCCCUCCCCCUAAGGCAAGUUUGUCCUCAAGCAGAUGUGACCCCAAGCACAAGGAUUGUCUGCUACGUGAGUUUCGGAAGUUGUGUGCCAUGGUGGCUGAGAAUCCUAGCUACAACACGAAGACCCAGAUCAUCCAGGACUUUCUUCGGAAAGGUUCAGCAGGAGAUGGUUUCCACGGAGAUGUGCACCUCACGGUGAAGCUGCUGCUCCCAGGCGUUAUCAAGAGUGUUUACAACCUGAACGAUAAGCAGAUUGUGAAGCUCUUCAGCCGCAUUUUUACCUGCAGCCCAGAUGAUAUGGCGCGAGACCUAGAACAGGGCGACGUGUCAGAGACCAUCAGAGUCUUCUUUGAGCAGAGCAAGUCUUUCCCCCCAGCUGCCAAGAGCCUCCUUACCAUCCAGGAGGUGGACGAAUUCCUCCUCCGGCUUUCCAGGCUCACCAAGGAGGACGAGCAGCAGCAGGCCCUGCAGGACAUCGCCUCCAGGUGUACGGCCAAUGACCUUAAGUGCAUCAUCAGAUUGAUCAAACACGAUCUGAAGAUGAAUGCGGGUGCAAAGCACGUGUUAGAUGCCCUUGACCCCAAUGCCUAUGAAGCCUUCAAAGCAUCGCGCAACCUGCAGGACGUGGUGGAGCGGGUCCUCCGCAAUGAGCAGGAGGUGGAGAAGGAGCCAGGCCGGAGACGCGCGCUGAGUGUCCAGGCUUCCCUGAUGACGCCAGUGCAGCCCAUGCUGGCCGAGGCCUGCAAGUCCAUCGAGCACGCGAUGAAGAAGUGUCCUAACGGCAUGUUCUCUGAGAUCAAGUACGACGGGGAGCGAGUGCAGGUGCAUAAGAACGGGGACCGUUUCAACUACUUCAGCCGUAGCCUCAAGCCUGUCCUGCCUCACAAGGUGGCCCACUUCAAGGACUAUAUCCCUCAGGCUUUCCCCGGGGGCCACAGCAUGAUCUUGGACUCUGAGGUGCUCCUGAUCGACACGAAGACAGGCAAACCGCUGCCCUUUGGGACUCUUGGGGUGCACAAGAAAGCUGCCUUCCAGGAUGCUAAUGUUUGCCUGUUUGUGUUUGAUUGUAUCUACUUCAAUGAUGUCAGCUUGAUGGACAGGCCUCUGUGUGAGCGGCGGAAGUUUCUUCAUGAUAACAUGGUUGAAAUUCCCAACCGGAUCAUGUUCUCAGAAAUGAAGCAAGUCACUAAAGCUGCAGACUUGGCCGACAUGAUAAACCGGGUAAUCCGAGAGGGGCUGGAAGGGCUGGUGCUGAAAGACGUGAAGGGUACAUAUGAGCCUGGAAAGCGGCACUGGCUAAAAGUGAAGAAGGACUAUUUGAACGAGGGGGCCAUGGCUGACACAGCUGACCUGGUGGUCCUUGGGGCCUUCUACGGGCAAGGGAGCAAAGGUGGCAUGAUGUCCAUCUUCCUCAUGGGCUGCUACGACCCAGACAGCCAGAAGUGGUGCACGGUCACCAAGUGUUCGGGAGGCCAUGAUGAUGCCACCCUUGCCCGCCUGCAGAAGGAACUGGACAUGGUGAAGAUCAGCAAGGAUCCCAGCAAGAUACCCAGCUGGCUGAAAAUCAACAAGACCUACUAUCCUGACUUCAUAGUCCCAGACCCAAAGAAAGCUGCCGUGUGGGAGAUCACAGGGGCUGAGUUCUCCAAGUCUGAGGCUCACACAGCCGACGGGAUCUCCAUCCGGUUCCCACGUUGCACCCGCAUCCGUGACGAUAAGGACUGGAAAUCUGCCACUAACCUCCCCCAACUCAAGGAACUGUACCAGCUGUCCAAGGAGAGGGCAGACUUCACUGUGGCGGCUGGAGAGGAGGGGAGCUCCACCACAGGGGGCAGCAGCGGAGAGAACGAGGGUACCUCGGGGCCUGCGGGGGCUCGCAAGGCCUCCAGGGCCUCCCCGAAGCAGCCCUCCACCAGUGCCAAGAAGGCAGGAGGGAGGCUGAGCAGCCCCAACCGCAGAGGCGGCCACCAGCCGACUGUGAAAGUGGGGCAGAAGCGGAAGGCUCCCGCUGAGACCCCGUGCCCAGCAAAGGUGCUGCUGGACAUCUUUACUGGGGUGCGGCUCUACCUGCCACCCUCCACACCAGACUUCAGCCGUCUCAGACGCUAUUUUGUGGCAUUCGAUGGGGACCUGGUGCAGGAGUUUGACAUGGCCUCAGCCACACACGUGCUGGGUAGCAGGGACAAGAACCCUGAGGCCCAGCAGGUCUCCCCGGAGUGGAUUUGGGCGUGUAUCCGGAAACGAAGGCUGGUAGCCCCAUGCUAGGACUGCAGCCCUCCCUCACCCUCGGCCACGCUCGCUGCACUCCAGCUGGGGCAGGCCAGGGCGGGCGGGCGACAGCAAGGACACAGGGGGAUGGUCUUUCUUCUCCAAGCAGUGUGUCUUCCAGAACCCACCAACCGUGCUUGGUCUAUUCCCGCCCAGGACUUCGUGGCUGUGGGUGCCGCCAAGGAAGUCCGUGUCUCUUGCCGGUUUACAUAGAUCUUUCCGAUCUGGGUGCUGGUUUGGUUAUCUUUUUGUUUUCUUUUAAAAGAAGCUCCCCCCCCCCAUAAAUAAAAUCUCUUGCAGUUACCCCAUCCUGCAGCCCUUCUCCCCCUGUAGUCCCCCUAGUGGUAAGGCACGGAGAGACACGGCGCUGUUGAAGCUCCGUCUGCGGAGCCACCUGCCCCUUUACUCGCAGGCUCUUUUUAAAAUUGUAUUUAAAAGACUGCCCUCGGAAAUGCUUCUUAUAUUUGGCAGGACUUGUAUUCAGCUUGGCCCUUUUCGCCAGGAAUGAAGCCUCCUUUGAAAGAAAACAAAAUGAAUUUUAUGACUAAAUUCUCUGUGUUCUCCUCUUACAGGGUGUGGGUCCUGGUUUGAAGGGGGGGGAACGAGGAUCAGGUAGGAAAACGGGGCCUUGAGGGAGUUUAUUGGAGCUAUUCCUCUGGGGGAUACAGGACUCCAGGAGGCUCUGCCUCCCCCACACUUGGAAACAAGACUGCUCUUUAAGAUAAACCCACUCGAGGACAAAACCUCCACAGCCUCCGUACCAAGAAAGGCCCCCGUGCCCCCCAGGGCUGCUUUACUGGAAUAAAAGGAAAACAGUCUCAUGGA